AUGGGCUUGGAUUUCCUCAAAAAGAAACCGUAUUCGCCUCCUUCAUGGGCGACCCAUCUCAGCCCAAUUCCCUCUCACGUCUUCUCUCUCGGUCAUUUUCCAACUCUAAUUCUCAAGUGGAAUCUCCCUAAUUUGCCCAACAACACUGAAGCCUGGUUGAAGCACAACCCCCCACCUAGACACAGAUCCGAAGCCACAGUCCACCCCACAGUUCCAGAAGCAACAUUCACACCAUCGCUACCACCGUUGGAGCAAACAGCGGCCUUACCUUGUCGCGAUUUUGAUGAGAUUCGCGGUUAUUUCCGCCACAAUCUCCAUAUUUGUUACUCUGCCGGAACCACAGCUCCACUUGAGCGCAACAGUCCAGCCGAACAAGACGCUUCAAACGCUGCUCAUAACGGACUCGACGGUGGCGCCUAUGGAGGAGAAGUUUGCGGCGGCGAUUGUACUCUCCAUUUUACCGUUGCCGCCUCAAACGAAGUGGUGGAUCCCGGAUUCUCAAGCCCAGUUAAGAUCGGCAGCGGCGUCGCUCGCCGAGGCGGAGCCCAAAUCAACGGCAAUCGCGAAGAAAUCAUCCAACACAGUUCGAAUCCUCCUUUCCCACGACCUACAGUGCGUGACGGUGGCGGCCCAGAGCGUGUGGUCAUCGGCAACAUGAUGGUGAAGGUCUGCGACAAAACGGCGUCGUCGCUACCUCUAGAGCUAAUUCAACCUGCUAUCAAGCCCAAUUUUCCUCAGAAGCCCAGGCCCACACUUAAAGAUAUUGAGACAUCUAAGAGCUGCAUAAAUGAAUUCUGCCUAGGGCUGCUAUUGAAGGCCACAUUAACCGAAUAGGAAGCAAGUUUCUUGCUGCCGACAGUUUUAAGGUGGCCCGCAAGUGGUUAGAAGUGAACCGGGAGAUGGAGAGGGAAUACUUGAGCCUGUCCAACAAUCCAGCCAUGAAAUCCCGCUGUUCUGGAGAUUUGGUGAAGAGAAGGGCACUCCAAAGAUAGGCGCCAUAGAGCAUUUCUCCCGUGGUGCUUAUUGGAGUCCUCUGGAACGCACUGCGGUCUAAUUAAACAAUCUGAAAUGGGGUGAAGAAGAUUGGGCGUACCCUGCCAUGUCGAGGUUUUUACUCUAUUGUCAUCUUUGUUCCCUUUUUUUAUUAUUAUUAUUUAUUUAUGUGCUUUAACUUGCUUUCCGCCGAAGGGAAAUUUUAUAAAUUUAGUGUUGUUUGCAUUGCAUUAUGGUUAAU